CAACUUCAUAGGUAUUUCUAUACUUUAACAAUAUGAAGGUGUUCGUUGUUUUGGCUUUACUCGUGGCUUCGGCCUCCGCUGGUCUCCUCAGCUCACCCAUAGGGGCAGGAGAGCCCAUACAUCCACGUAACUUACCUGCAGUCCUUGUUCAACGCGAGGGUGUCGAAGGUCGUAUUACCAACGGUAAUGAUGCAAGCGAAGGACAAUUCCCCUACCAGGUUGGUUUGAGUUUCACCAGCAGCAGCGGCGGUUGGUGGUGCGGUGGUUCUUUGAUUAGCAACAAAUGGCUUUUGACUGCUGCUCACUGCACCAGCGGUGCCUCAGGUGUCACUGUGUACCUCGGUGCUACUGUACGCACCAGCCCCAAGGCCACAUACAGCGUUACCAGCAGCAGCUUUGUUCAACACAAGAGCUACAACUCAGUCCGCUUGUCCAACGAUAUCUCGCUCAUUCAGAUCCCAGCUGUUUCCCUGAGUGCUUACAUCAAUGUGAUUGAAUUGCCUAAAAUAUCCUCAUCCUACUCGACUUACUCUGGCCAAACCGCUAUUGCUUCCGGUUGGGGUCUCGUUAGCGACAGUGCUACUGCUGUCUCCUCCAAAUUGCAAUACGCCAAAUUGGCGGUGAUUACUAACUCUGUCUGCGCUAAGACCUACAGUUCACUCGUCGUUACAUCGAAUACCAUUUGCACUGCCACUCCUUCUGCUACCUCCACUUGCAGUGGUGACUCUGGUGGCCCAUUGGCUUUGGAUGGUGUUCUUAUUGGUGUUACCUCAUUCGUGUCAUCGGCUGGUUGCGAAUCUGGUGCUCCAGCUGGUUUUGUACGUGUCACCAGCUACUUGGACUGGAUCAAGGAGAACUCUGGUGUUUCUUACUAAGAUGAUGUGUUGACGGGUUAUAAUUAUAUUAAAUAAUAAAUGCAUGAACGAUUAAGAACGAA